UCUUGUAAAAAUGGAGUCCCUGAAGGUGAUCUACCUCCUGACCCUGACCAUGGCUGCAGUGGCUGCACCUCUCAGUGAUGAAGCUCGGGAGGAGCUGCUGGUGGACAAGGUCAUGAAGCUGAUCCGGGACGAGGUCAUCCAGGAGAAGGCGCGACUGGAGGCGGAGAACAGACAGCUCAAGAAACAGCUGUCAGAGUACAAGCCAGUCUGUUACGGCCUGCGUCCUGUCGGCAUGGAAACGGGUGACAUUCCGCAGGACAGCAUCACUGCGUCAUCCACAUGGCGGCCGGAGACCGCCCCGUAUUACGCCCGCUACAGCAGCAGCCAUUACAGCUUCGACUCCCAUGCCUGGUGCGCCGCUUUCAACGACAGGAUCCAGUGGAUACAGGUUGACCUUGGGAAGCCCAUGACAGUUGCGGGGGUGAUAGUUCAAGGUCAGCAGGGUUUCCCCCACUGGGUGUCGUCCUUCAAGCUGCUGUACAGCCUGGACCAGAAGGACUGGAUGUACUACCAGGACGAGACUGGCAAUGACAAGCUUUUCAGUGGGAACUUUGACAGCACAACGGGCGUGCGGCAUGACCUGAAGCGGCAGCCCCAGGCCCGGUACGUCCGCAUCAACCCCCACACCUGGCACUACCACGUCUGCAUGCGCCUAGAGGUCAUGACCUGUGUGGGUGAGGCUGACUUUAGCAGCUCGUUCGACGCCAUCUCGGUACCCGGAGAUGGAGAUGAGGUUCUGGUUGCCGCGGACUACGAACAAGACCAGGGCAACGACCUCAUGUUCUUCCAGACGGCGCCGCUCGCAGCGGACGUGCAGGAGGAGGUCGUCAAGGAGAUCUCUCAAGGUCGCGACUUUAGAAACAAGAUGGCGGAGGAGCAGGCCAAGUUCGAGCUAUUGCAGGAGACAGCCGACGCAGACUACGUGAAAGACGUUCUGCUCGACGAGAUGAAACUUCACGUAAAAGAGCCACAAGAGAAAGGUGCAGAUGUAGCCCUUUUUGCAGUGAAACCUACCGAUAAUCGUGUCGACAUCCAACAAGGUCAAAUGCAAAACAACAUGGUGGACAGGGAAGACUACGGAAUACUCCAGGCCGUACCACUGUCCCAGGAGGGGUGGGAAGAAGCUGGAGAGCAAGUAGGUGACCUUGACAACAACAACAUGGUGGACGAAAUGUUCCAGACAGUGCCAUUAGCAGCAGAGGGGUGGGAAGGUGUGAGAAAUGUAAAGAUGGAGGAAGGAAAGCCAUGGGUGGAUGAAACGGAGGGCAUGAGUGAGUCAGGCGACCAUGAUGGGUUCAUGUAAGACUUGGAAAGUGCCGAAGAGUUUUUAAAUACUGUAAAAUAUUGGCAGAUACACAUUCAAGUAUCUCCAGACCUGCUUUUUUCAUACAUCAUCAUAAUUGACUUGUUCGCUAUAUGGUCUAGUUUUAUAUGAAUAUCAUACAAUCAUAUAAUAUAUAAAGCAAAGACUUAACUUAAAAAGUCAUGUUUACAGUACAACUGUAGUACAUUGUAUUGAGAAUCUGCCCAUGGCAAGUAGGUUUGUCUAUAAUCUGAACUUUCUUUCUAUUUAGUCUCACUACUGAUGAGUACCGAUUUGUUUGAUUCAUUUUUGUUUAUUUUUUAUUUUGGCAUGAUAGUAUUAACUACAAUUUUAGGAUUUCUACCAUGGGAAACCAACAUAAGAGACCAUUUUUCAGUAAGACUUUCUUGUCAUUAAUUUUGUAGCCUAGAACAUUCUUCAAUUUCUUAACCUUUCUUUGCAGUCGGGCAAGAACUUGACAUCAAAGUACUUUCGAUUGAAUACAAAACUAAACUGGAUUAAACUGGACAAAAGAUUUGAUAAAGGAAAGAAGUCAUACUCAUAGAAAUUGAUUUUCUCCAGAAUGAUUGAUCUGAUCAUUGGAAUGAGUCCUGAAUGAAAGGUAUAACUUAUUAUAGUGGCUGUAUAUUUAGCGUAUUUGUUCUUCUAUUUUUGUAUCAGAUUCUAUUGUAAAAAUUGCCUUCAUUAUGUAUCUAUAUUGUAAGUUUAUAGUAACUGAUUAGUGGCUGAGAGCACAAAGCAAUCAUGGUCAUAAUCAUCACCAUAUACCUGGCAGAGUUGGUGCCAGUUCUGUACAGCUAAUAUUCUUACUAGUUAUAUUGUGACUACUAUCAAUGAUAAUAUAAUGGCACUACUACAUGUACAUGUAAGUGUACAGCCCCACAAGUGUGGAUUAGGGCCCACUAACAGAGCCUCCUGGAAACACAGUGUGAGAAUAAUAGCCAACUUCUGCCUACCCCUGUGUCAGGGAGCCCAGUGGCAGUAUACUUUGAUACUGGAUACUAUUCGCAAAAUAGU